UUAAUUUUGCCCAGUCGCCCUGACUAAAGGGUAGCUUUGCCUUCGUCCUACGCGCUGGAGCCGUUUUGCACACAUGCGGCCAGAAGUAGUCUCUGUAGCACCCGGGCUGUCGUCCUUCUUGAAAUCUCUCAAGACGACGCCCGUAGAGCCCUCAAUCGAGCACUUCAUAUCAUUGCUCAAACGACGACAGAUACGUAAUUCAAGACCAUGCGCAAUUGCAACCACAGCACUCCUCCUCCGAGUUGUGGGCGAGUUCAAGGGUAGGGAUGCGGGAAAGCUGGUGGAACGGAUACGUCAGGUGGGCAGGCGGUUGACGUCUGCUCAGCCCCGCGAGGUCGUCGUUGGGAACAUUGUGCGCCGCGUGCUGGGCCUGGUGAGAGAAGUUGUCGAUGAGAACAUAGACGCAGACACGAACACCAACAGCGACUUUGGACACAAUUCGCAGCCGCAUCAUGACUCUCUUACUCGACCUGCACUGGCAUCAAGCAUAUCGACCUUUAGCCCGCUCAAGUAUGCCGCCGUAGAGCCCAUGGACUCAAGUUUCCACCAAUCCGACCUGUCUGAAUCUGGCGAACUAUCCAAACGACCGCCGCUGCUGGCUUCCCAUACCUCCUACGCCCCAACAUCUUCUGCCCCUCUCGGCAACUCUCUAUUCGGCCUCUUCUCACAUCCAGACACCCCAUCAACCUCAAGCACUCCCACUGGACAUCAAUCUCCAGAUAGCAAAGGAAUGCUCACGUCCUUAAACUUAGAACGACUGGCGGAUUUCAGCAAAACCAACUUAGAUCUGAAGGCUGAGGUCAUGGACGGCAUUCGAGAAUUACAGGAUGAACUUGACCAGUCGGAUGACCUGAUCGCGGCCAACGCGCUCGACCACAUCCAUUCAAACGAAAUCAUUCUCACACACACCGCUUCAACAAGCGUUCAAAAAUUCCUCCUAGCCGCGGCAAGGAAACGAAAGUUCACUGUUGUACAUGCCGAGACAUUUCCACACAAUCACACGUCAACUCACGGCAUUCUCCUAACUGGAAAGAAACGAGGGGACUCCGGAGACGACUCAGAAGACGCAUGGAAGCCGCUCACUACAGCUGGAAUUCAAGUGGUUCUAAUUCCAGAUUCGCAUGUCUUCGCAAUCAUGUCACGCGUGAACAAAGUUAUUCUUGCAACACACACAGUAUUGGCCAAUGGGGGACUCGUGGCGGCCGCAGGAGCUCACAUGAUUGCCAAGGCGGCGAAAGUACACCAGACGCCUGUCGUCGUAGUCAGCGGCGUCUUCAAGCUGAGCCCGGUCUACCCCUUCGACAUUGAGGAGUUAAUUGAGUAUGGAGAUGCGGGUAGUGUGGUUCCGUUCGAGGACGGUGACUUUGUGGACAAGGUCGACGUGGAGAAUCCGCUCUAUGAUUAUGUCCCUGCGGAUUUGGUAGAUCUCUAUAUCACCAAUCUUGGUGGACAUGCACCGUCAUACCUGUACCGUAUAGUUGCGGAUCACUACCGCUCAGAGGAUAUUACUCUCUGAUCAUCCGUUCAUCCUGUACGAAACCAUGUACGAUUUACGAGUACAGUCUCUUCGAUCUUCAAGGUUAACGAUCGAAUUUCCCGGCACCCUCUGCAUUGGUUGAAUGUUAUGGGAAUGUGAAAGAGUAUUGCGGUGCUGUAUUGUGCUAGGUCUUUCCUAACCCUUUUGUCACCUUUGGAAUGCCACAUCUCCUCCCAAUCUAAGAAUCUCGACGCAUCUGAAUAAUGGAUAGAAAGCAAACGACUCUAAAUGACUUUUGAAGGGCUCUUGGAAGGUGAGCCAUUCAGCAAAAAUGACAUGAUGCGUUGCUUAGGGAGGCGGAGAUUGUGAGUCCUGGCACGCUGAAGCAUAGUGGACGGAACAUGAGGAAGCACAAACAUGAUCAGCCGAUACAGCAUCCCCCGAAAUACACAAACAGCAGGCCAG